AUGGGAGUGAAUCAAUCAUCAUCCUCUCUUGCGCGAAAGAGAGAAUUGCUCUAUCAUGGUGGUGAAGAUGCAUCAUCCAUUACUACCAUGACCACCAAUGUCACCCAUUCUACCACCACAACCUCAACCACCACCACAUUGAAUCAUGUCGGUUCUCUUGACCAUCCUCCACCUUCUUCCAUUCCAAGUUGCCUUCCACAGCAACAACAACCAUCGCAAAAGAAUGGCUUCUCUCGAAACAGAGCAUCCAUUGGAUUAUUAAUUCACCGAGGUUUUCAUGAAAAUCACCUCCAUCGUGCUACUGUUGGCAGCAGUAGUGAUCAUGGCACUUCAAACAACAACAACAAUGAAAAGAAACGUUUCACCAUUUCAUUAUUCACAAGAUCCUCCUCUUCCUCCAAAUCACCAACCUCGAAUUUCUAUGAAGAAGAUUCUUCUGCGCAGAUGGUGAUGAAGAGUAGUAGCAGUGGUAACAAGUCAAAAAGCAGUGCUAUCACUACUACUCAAAGCCUGAGUGAACCCUCUUCUCCCAAUCAGAAAUCUCGAGUCCUUAUCCGAGGAGGAGGAAGACAAGGACAACUUCACUCCUCAGGCUGCUCUCCAACAACACUUCUCUCUUCUUCCUUCUCGGCCAGCAGCAGUCAUGGAUCAAGUAGUAAUAGUAGUACUUGUAGUAGUGGUAGUGGUGGACAACAACAACCAAGCUUACUCGUAAUUCCAACUACGAAUCCAUCAAUGGGUGCUUUGGAUGGCAAAAUCAAAUCACUUUCUCCUUCUGCUCAUCGACAAGGUUAUUUAUCAGGUCUACUCAAGAGAAGAUCCAAACGAUCAUCCUCACAACCGAGCACUCUCACCACAACCACUCAUUCAAUUAUUUCAGACUCCAAUCAAGUCUCCAGUUGUCUUUCCUCUCAUCCCUCUUACCAACUAUAUCCACCUGACUCUCUUACGGACGAAGAGAAUACACUCUUCUCAACCAUGUAUCCAUCCAUCAAUGCAAAAGAAGUUAUUUCAUUACUGAGAGAUCCAAUUGGAUUGGAACUUUUUUACGAUUAUUGUUCCAAACAAAUGUGCAGUGAAAAUAUUGAACUAUUCAAAGAAUUGGAAUGGUUGGAAAAUAGAAUUCCCAAUUUGUCUUCGACAUCAAGGGUGAAACAUAUCAAAUCCAUUCAUGAGAAGUUUUUAAGCAUGGAGAGUGAAUUGGAGGUGAAUGUCUCUCAUCAUGCAAGACAACUCAUUGAAAAAGAGAGACAUUCAAAGAAAAUUGAUGUCGAAUCCACACUGACACUUGUGGAUUUUCUGAAAAGAGAUGUCUGUACUAAUUUAUUUGACGCAUUCUCUCGUUUCAUUCAAACAAAGGAAUAUAUACAAUGGAGAGAAGUGAAAUGUAUGAAAUACAACAACAGUACGAGUAGUACUAGUAGUAGUGCUCCAAGAUCCCAUGAGAGUGCUAAUUGUGGACACCAUUUCACCAUUUCUGGAAAUGCUCAAGAUGAAAAAAACCUAACGAAAACAGAUCCUGCACGAAUCUCGACCUCUUCUUGUGAUGAAGCGAGUUAUUCCUUUGGUAGUAACAGCCUCUUUGGCAACUCCGUUUCAGAUUUUCAAUUCGCUAACCUUACUCCACCAAACCUGUGCGAAAAUCAGUUUGCACUCAAUGAACAUUCUGACCACAAAACGCUAUUCACACCAACCAUGUGA